CAAACCGUGGUCAAGUUAAUUUUGCAAGUCAGUGAGAGCCCCCUAUAUAUUGGCCCAUCCACUGCUUCGAGAGAUCACGCCCUUCUUUCUCCUUUGCGUUUGCAUACUGAUCACAACUUUCGAGAGAAGAAAUGGCAGAGAACGGUGAAUUCAGCUUUGCGAACAACGAAGGUGGUGCCGUUGGACGCAAUGGCCUUUCGAAAAUCCAAACAAACAAGAAUAAGGCGCCCGAGGUGUGUCACGACGACAGUACGGCGCCGAUUAAAGCUCAGACGAUCGACGAGCUUCACUCUCUUCAGAAGAAAAGAUCAGCUCCGACCACACCAAUCAGCAACGGUCCGGCCGCUUUCGCUACCAUUUCCGAGGAGGACCGCAGCAAACAGCAGCUCCAGUCCAUCAGUGCGUCAUUGGCGUCACUGACAAGGGAGACAGGACCGAAGGUGGUGAAGGGAGAUCCGGCGAGGAAGACGGAGGGGCAGACGACGGCGCAUGUUAGUCACGCUCAACAUUACACGCCGACGCUGAACAUUAGCGACAGUGCUCUGAAGUUCACUCACAUCCUUUAUAAUCUCUCUCCUGCUGAGCUUUACGAGCAAGCGAUCAAGUAUGAGAAGGGGUCAUUCAUAACGUCAACAGGUGCUAUAGCCACACUAUCUGGGGCAAAGACGGGCCGGGCUCCAAGAGAUAAGCGUGUGGUUAAGGACGAAACCACCGAAGAUGACCUUUGGUGGGGAAAGGGCUCACCCAACAUCGAAAUGGACGAACAUACUUUCUUGGUUAACAGGGAAAGAGCCGUUGAUUACUUGAACUCCUUGGAUAAGGUCUUUGUGAAUGAUCAAUUUCUGAACUGGGACCCAGAGAACCGCAUCAAAGUUCGUAUUGUAUCUGCCAGAGCUUACCAUUCCUUGUUCAUGCACAACAUGUGCAUCCGACCCACUCCUGAAGAGCUGGAGAACUUUGGGACUCCGGACUUCACUAUAUACAAUGCUGGACAGUUCCCAUGUAACCGUUACACACACUACAUGACUUCCUCUACUAGCAUAGACCUCAAUCUUGCUAGAAGGGAAAUGGUCAUCCUUGGCACACAAUAUGCUGGGGAAAUGAAGAAAGGCCUAUUCAGCGUAAUGCACUAUCUCAUGCCUAAGCGACGAAUUCUCUCCUUACACUCUGGCUGCAAUAUGGGAAAAGAAGGCGAUGUCGCCCUCUUCUUUGGACUGUCAGGUACUGGGAAGACAACUCUGUCUACUGAUCACAAUAGGUAUUUAAUUGGAGAUGAUGAACACUGCUGGACUGAGACUGGGGUCUCAAACAUUGAAGGUGGUUGUUAUGCCAAGUGCAUUGAUUUGUCAAGGGAGAAGGAGCCUGAUAUCUGGAAUGCCAUCAAAUUUGGGACUGUGUUGGAGAACGUGGUCUUUGAUGAGCAUACUCGUGAAGUGGAUUACUCAGACAAAUCUGUAACAGAGAACACUAGAGCUUCAUACCCAAUUGAGUAUAUUCCAAAUGCCAAGAUACCUUGUGUUGGUCCCCAUCCAAAAAAUGUAAUCCUCCUGGCAUGCGAUGCAUUUGGCGUGCUCCCACCGGUGAGCAAGUUAAGCUUGGCGCAGACCAUGUACCAUUUCAUCAGCGGCUACACUGCUCUGGUGGCCGGGACAGAGGAUGGCAUUAAAGAGCCAACAGCUACAUUUUCAGCCUGCUUUGGUGCUGCAUUCAUAAUGCUGCAUCCUACUAGGUAUGCUGCUAUGCUGGCUGAGAAGAUGCAGAAACAUGGAGCUACCGGAUGGCUUGUCAACACUGGCUGGUCAGGUGGAAGCUAUGGAUCAGGAAGCCGUAUCAAAUUAGCAUACACCAGGAAAAUCAUCGAUGCAAUACAUUCUGGGAGCCUUCUGAAUACUAACUACACCAAGACUGAAGUGUUCGGGCUCGAGAUCCCAACCGAGAUUGAGGGUGUGCCUUCUGAAAUCUUGGAUCCAGUGAACACUUGGUCAGACAAGAAGGCCUAUAAAGAUACCCUCUUGAAGCUGGGAGGUCUAUUUAAGAGCAACUUUGAGGUCUUCACAAGCCAUAAGAUUGGAAAAGACGACAACCUAACUGAGGAGAUUGUUGCAGCUGGUCCUAUUUUCUGAUCCUGAUGAUUGUUUCGAGUUUGCUGCAAAGAAAUUAAAUUGAAUAAAAAUAAAAAUAAAAAUAAAAAUAAAAUAGAAUAAAGAGAAGGCUGAUACACCAAGUAUGUAAUCUUUCACCAUAUGCUUGUUUUAGCUUACAUCGACUUUCUUUGUAUUCUCUUGAUUAACAGUUUUAUUAUUUAGAGGGUUUUGAGUUUUCUGGAUUUAGUUUGGAUUGCAAAAGGUUGAAAUUAAUAAUAAUUUUUUAUUAUAUUGUGACGGAAA